AAAUUACUCCAACCUUAACCUCUAUAGACUUCAGACUCUUUCUCUACUCCACAAGUGUCUUCAACCUAAAACCCUCUCUCUCUCUCUCUCUCUCAUUCUCUCUCUAAAGAGAAAGCGCAAAGACUGUAGAUAUUCGUGGAAUUCGAUCUCUUAAUCUAUGGAUGAACAGCCAUGUGAAGGAAAUGAUGGGGAAAUGAUAGAGAGUUCAAACGGUAAGGAGUUAGUUUCAAGUGAAGGAGAUUUGGAUAUGGAGCCGUAUGUUGGUAUGGAAUUUGAAUCUGAAGAGGCCGCCAAGGUCUUCUAUGAUUCAUAUGCCACGCGAUUGGGCUUCAUCAUGCGUGUUGAUGCGUUUCGUCGGUCGAUGCGUGAUGGAAAGAUUGUUUGGCGUCGACUUGUUUGUAAUAAAGAAGGUUUUCGUAAGUGUAGACCUAGGCGGAGUGAAAACAGGAAGCCUAGAGCAAUCACAAGGGAAGGGUGUAAGGCCAUGAUUGUUGUUAAAAAAGAAAAGACAGGAAAAUGGGUCGUUACAAGAUUUGUUAAGGAGCACAAUCAUCAACUGGUAGUUACACCUGCCAACAAUCGUCGCAGUGUACUCCUGUCUCAAACACCAGAUGAGAAAGAUGUAAAGAUUCGGGAACUGAUGGCCGAGUUACAGCGGGAAAAAAAGCGAUCUGCAGCCAUCCAAGAACAGCUUGAUAUGGUUUUGAAAGAUAUGGAGGAGCACUCUAAUCACUUGACAAGAAACAUUGAUGACAUAGUUCGAAGUGUGAGAGAUAUUGAAUCAAAGAGAUAGCCUUUUCACAGAGCUGAUAGCUUCAUUUAGUCGUUGACCAAAUUUGUACAAUUUGUUUGGCACAUCUGUUGUAUGUUUUCUAGAAUGUAAUAUUUACUUGUAGGUUGAGUUCCCUAUUAUAAACAAAUAAUAGACGAACUUCGUUGAGGCAUUUUGAAACUUCUCCAUAUUGAAAAAGUUGAUUAGAUUGGAAUUUGAA